UGUCAUCCAAAGCAUGACAGAUACCGCGUCUGGUACAACAUCGUUGAAGACUACUCUGCUUGGUGUAUGGAACGCCGGCGAGAUCGACUCGUUGCAAUUUCAGGGAUAGCGAAAAUAUAUGGGACGGUCCUACAUGACGACAGAUAUGUAGCAAGUCUUUAGCAGUCAGACAUGCUUCCGGGUUUGUUGUGGUACGCUGAAGGAUUAGAGCUAUUUGGCAGCAAAUUUGGUCAGUCCACCAACGUCGAGGUCAACGCUCCUUCCUGGAGCUGGGCCAGCGCUCCUUCUGGGUAUACGAUUCGCAAUGACUGGACAAACAAGGAGUUUCAGACAUUAGCAGCGGUGGAAAACGUCAGCUUUGGUCUGGUCAAGUCAAACAAUCCCUUCGGCGGUGUCUUGCGUGCUAAACUUGAUAUACGCGGACCGGUCUGCCGAUUUCCUCAGCUUUACCAUCCUUCCUGGCGCUCGCCGCCGCAGACUGCUCUGUCAGCUUGGAGCGCCACCUUUCUCGUGUAA